AUGAUUCCGAGGCUACUUCGUCCCUUUGGGGGCGCCCGGCGCAGCCAGGAAGCAGGGACGACCGAGAGGCCGCCCUCGCCUGGCCCAGCCAGCCCCGAAUACGCCCGCCGCCAACAUGCCACCGCCGAUUUCACCGAGGCCGACGACGAUGACGAAGACGAUUCCAACGAUGAAGGCACCCCGCGUGCUUACGACCGACGACAGGACGGCCGUGGCGGAGACGGCCACGGGGACGACGACAACAGGGACGAGGAUGGCUCACAUCCUUAUUCGGGCAGGAAUCUUCUGCCUCUGUUCUCCGCCUCGCAUCUUGAUUCUCUGCCCGUCUACAGCAUAACCCAUGCUAUACGCAUCCUCGUCCAGGCCCGCACUGAGACCACGCUCACUUGGGAGCAGCUGAGAUCUCCGCAGGUCUCACAGUUCCUACUGAAGCCCAUGCAGCUUCAAAUCAGGACCCAGCACUUUUCCAAAGCCACGCUGUACGCCCUCAUGGCAAAUUGCCUUCAGUUCCAGAAGGAGGGUCACAUGUACCCAGGGAACGCGGGCGCCAGCAGCACCAGAGCCAAGGUUUGCGAGCUUCUGGCCAUCAAGUUGCUGAAGGAGUACUCCACCCGCGAGCUUAUCGACGCGCUGUCCUACGAUUUCUACCCUCUCCAGGGAUUACCGGGGGGCCAGACCCCAAUGGGGUUCCGUGAUAUGCCAGGCAGGUCCAAGUCUGUUGCCGCCAGGACCUCCACCCUCGAAGUCGCCAUCCGCGCCUCGGCCAAGCACUUUCUGGCCCACCCCCUGGUCGUGCAGCAGCUCGAGGCCAUCUGGAAUGGGGCUAUUGUCUUUUACUCGGCUGCAGAUGGCCUCCACCGGAUAUCUUUUCCCACACCGGGGCCCACCUAUGCUACCAAUACCGGACGCCGCCGGAGCCAGGCCGACGCCAGGACCCCGCUUCUUGGGGGAGUGCAAACGCCCAAGGAGAAUUCGAUAUCGCCUUUCGAUGUCGUAGUGGGCCGCCGGACCGUAUCGCUCUAUAACCCAAGGAAUGCGUCACUCUUCAAGCUCUCCAGGCUACGUGUGCCCCGAUACAGACAGUUCCUCUCGACGCUAUCCCUUGCCGUCCUGAUAGGCCUAUUCCUCGCCGUUCUGCAGCAGCGGUCGUCCAGGAUAUCGACCCUAGAGCUCGUCUUUUGGUUCUGGAGCGCUGGCUUCAUGCUAGACGAGCUCGUCGGCUUCAACGAGCAAGGAUUCUCGCUGUACAUCAUGAGCUUCUGGAACAUCUUCGACCUGGGAAUCCUGCUCUUGCUGAUAGUGUACUACUGCCUGCGGCUGUACGGGGUCUUUCUCAUCGACGCCACGAGGUGGAACGACCUGGCGUACGAUAUCCUAGCCGCCAAUGGCAUAUUGUUGUUGCCCCGCAUCUUCAGUGUCCUAGACCACUACCAGUACUUCUCACAGCUGCUGAUAGCUUUCCGUCUCAUGGCCCUGGAUCUGGCGGCCAUCUUGGUCUUGGUCAUGAUCUGCUGCAGCGGCUUCUUCGUCUUUUUCACCAUGUCGAAGAACAGCGGCGACAGUGCCGAGGUCGCCUUCAAGAUCUUCCAGAUUGUCAUGGGCUUCACCCCAGCUGCCUGGGAGGUCUGGGGGACCACUGAUGCGCUGGGGAAAGUUUUGAUGGGCUUUUUUCUCAUCAUUUGCCACUUUGUGAUUGUCACCAUCUUGAUCACAGUUCUUACUAACUCUUUCAUGACCAUUGCAUCAAACGCCAAAGAGGAGCACCAGUUCUUGUUCGCCAUCAACACAAUAUCCAUGGUCAAGAACGAUGCCCUCUUCUCGUACGUGGCUCCAGGAAACAUCUUGGCAUGGUUUCUUACGCCUCUGAGGUACUGCAUGCCCAUGCAGACGUUCGUUGCUCUCAAUCGUUACGUGAUAAAGUUGACGCACUUCCCCCUCCUCUUCCCCAUCUACUUCUACGAGCGAUUCCUCCUGGCCCCAUCCAUGUAUGCGCCGACGGACCUGGUGGAAAACCCAGGCCGUAGUCGCAGACAGGCAGUCUCUCUCGCCGAUCCGUCUAGCAGGGUUGCACUCUUCAGCCCCAACGUGCGGAACCGCGAGGAGUCCGUCGUAGGCUACCAGAAGGAUCACGCUUUGGAAGAGGUGUUUCGGAGGGUCCCUGAUAUGGGCACCUUGCGGACGCAGAGGAGAAACGAGCGCAAGAAAACACAGACAGCGAUCCGGCACUGGAUAGACCGGAAUGAGGGUUUUGCGGACAGGGUGAACAACUACUCGACGAUAGGCGACAAGGGAGGGAUGGAGUGGCAGAGACGGCUGAGCUUCGCUCGAGACAGGCCACCAAGGCGGUUUCCCAACAUCUCGGAGGUGCGGUCUGUCGCGAGUGAUCCUGCAGACAUGGUUUCGAACGCGCCAUAUCCGUUUGAUGGCCCAUUCAGCGACCAGGAGCACCACCAGGAGCAGGGUCACUUCAAAGAAACCACAGACGGCGACGGCGACGACGAGCUUGUCACCAAUGACGAGGACGAGGACGACAAGGCGACCAACAACCCCGCAAACUCCGAGGCAAUCGACGAGGACUAUUUCACGACUCCCGUAGCUACCAGGUUCGGCGUACUCGCUGGAAGCUCGCCCGAGUCUGUCGUUCGAGACAGGUUGCCUCACUCACCGAGACAACGCAGGGCACUCCACAGCCGUACCCUCUCGACAAAUACCAUCCUCUACAACCCGCAGGCCCAGGAGGCACAUGAGGGCAUUGCAUCGGCCCUGAGCUCGCCACCACGACAGCAGCCGCAGCGCUCGAGGCCGGCGAGCAACCGCCAGACUCCGGUGGCCACGCCAUCGGCUGGGCAGCAUUCGCCCAGGCGCUCCGUCUACCACGCUGCACGACCUCGGCCCAUAGUGACGCCGCGCGAGCUAGCGCACACGGCGCCCAGCAACCACAACCAAAGCAGCAACCGCGUCGGCAGCCUGUUCGGUCUUACGCUAGACACGCACGCGCGCCGGGCGCAGCGGCGGUUGUCGUCAUUCGACAUGCACCUCGACGGCAGCUCGGACGUGGCUAUCGGCGAUGGUGGUGGCGUCAGCGCGAACGAAGGGCGUGACCCGAGACGGGGUAGCGGUGGGCAGGACGGCGGGCUAGGGAGCGCGGUAGAUGACGAGGCGCUGCUGGGCGGGGUACCCAACAGCUUCGCGACCCAGAUGGCCAUGGCGACGGGCAUGAUAGGCCCCAUGGGCCCGGGCGGCCUGCGCGGAGCGGCAGCGGCCCACCAAGCGGCGGCGGCGGCAGAGCGCCGUGACAGCAGCGACCGGAUGAGCCGGCUGGUGCUGGCGCGCAUGAAAACACUCGAGGAAGGGUUCGCCGACGUGGUGCGCGAGAUGCGGGUCCUCCAGCGCUCUAGCGGGCACCCAAGCACGGCCUUUAACUCGGGCGACGAGGGCGGGUGGAGGGGCGGCGCCGGCGCCGGCCUGGCCACCACCAUCGAGGUCGCCGGCGGGCGCGAGAGGCGGCGGUACCAGCGCGCGUCGACGGGGGCCUACUACGGCCACGCCCACGGCGUCGUCGGCCACGCCCACGUGGGGUCGGCGGCGGUGGCGAGCCGCGCGAUGCGCCGCACGCAAAGCAGGCCCACGAGCCGGCAGAGCAUGCGGGAUGGGCGCGGAGGCGGCGGGAUCCCCAUCGACCGUAAGGGGAAGGGGAAGGAGGUUCGGACCCCGGCUGAUUACGACGACUCGGAUGACGACACGGGGUUUGAUGACAGCUUCACCAGGAGAGGGAGCUCGCUGUGA